UUAGAAACGGAGAACGUUUAAUAAAGUCUGCAGCUUGAGGUUAUUUCUGUUAGAAGUUUAAAAGUUUCUCGGGAAGUUUGCUGAGACGGUUUAAAAGUGAAGUCAGAGAAAAGAUUUCCGUCGUCGCACAAACAGGCACUAACUUUGGUUGCAUGUAAACAGACUUAAAGCAACAAUGGCUCAGGCCCCUCUCGGUGUGGACCCGGUCCAGUUCAGCUGCGCCAUCUGCCUGCAGGUCUUCAAAGAUCCAGUCACCAUCCCAUGUGGCCACAGCUACUGCAUGAGCUGCCUGACAGAUUACUGGGACCGUCAGCCACGCUGCAGCUGUCCUCAGUGCAGAGCCACCUUCAGUCCCAGACCCACCCUGGGCAAGAACACCCUGCUGGUAGAGAUGCUGCAGAGACUCGGUGCUGUUAAGCUGAGUGACGGCCCCUCAGCUCCUCCUCUGUACGAGGACCAGGGAUUUGAGCACGCCACCUUUGACUUGUCUUCAGUUCGUGCGGAGAGGACUGAUGGAGAGAGGCUUUUGGGGGAAACACGGAGGAAUAUUGCUCUGCAAAUUGAAGAGAGGGAGCUGGAGCUUCAGCAGCUGAAACAAACUCUGCGGUCUUUUUCCCGUCUGGCCAAAGCAGCAGUGAAGGACAGCAGCAGGAUCUUCUCUGAGCUGCUGGAGUUCUUGGAGCGUCGUCGCGUCGAGGUGAAGGAGCUGAUCAGAGCUCAGGAGAAGGCUGAAGUGACUCGAGCUGAGAACCAGCUGCAGCGUCUGGAGCAGCAGAUCUCCGAGCUGAGGAGGAGAGACGCUGAGCUGGAGAAACUGUCACACAGUCAGGACCAACACCUGAUCGCACAGGUGUCAGUCCUGCUGCAGUCCAGUUCCUGCAGGAGCGACCAGCUCUCUGAAGGUCAGUCCACAUGUUUCCUUCGGGCCUGUGAGGAGGGCCAUGUCAGACCUGAAAGAGCAGCUGCAGAGUCUGUAUCACAGAGAAUUCCCAGGUGUCACCUCUGCAGUGAAAACUGUGAACAUCCUACAGACAGAAAAGACCGACAAGGCUUUUGUUUUGCUCAUGCAGCGAUGAAGUCUGGUGUUUCUACAUCCAUUCCCACUUUGGACAAGAGAGAUGAUCUCCUUCAGUACUUCUGCUCGCUGUCUCUGGACCUGUUCACAGCGCACAGGGAGCUUUCUCUGACUGAGGGGAACCGUGUGGUCAGAAGAACCGGAGAACUUCAGUCUUACCCAGACCACCCUGAUCGGUUUGACACCUGGGGCCAGGUGUUGUGCCGUGAGGGCCUACAGGGCCGCAGCUACUGGGAGGCAGAGUGGGACGGACAGCAGGUGGCAGUGGGGCUCACCUACGAGAGCAUCAGAAGAAAGGGAUCAUCCAAUGACUGCAGGCUGGGACACAACUUCCUCUCAUGGAGUCUUUGCUGCGGCUCAUCCUCCUUCGCCUUCUGCCAUGGAAACGAGGCUCAGGCGGUGGAGGUUCCCUCCAGCUCGGCGUCCCGCAGGAUUGGGGUGUUUCUGGACCACGAUGCUGGGCUGCUCUGCUUCUACACGGUGACACCCAGAGGAGUCCACCUCCUGCACAGGGUGAAGACCAACUUCAGCCAGCCUCUCUACCCAGCGGUGUGGCUCGGGGCCAAAUCUAGCAUCAUCCUCUGCAACGUGGACUGAAAGAUCGCAGCCGUCAAGACAUCUCGACGCUGUGUGAUAUGAAAGGUCAAAGAAGUAAAAACAGAAAAAGGACCUGGCUUCAAGUGUAACAAGAAUGUGAAAUGACACGAAGCACUAAGACACACUGCAAAGGCCUGAGUCUCUGAAAAUGCACAACCUAACAGCAGAAAUCAAGACCUCUAAGUAAGUACAAAAACUGUUCAAUUUAUGUGAAAUGAAAACUGUUCAUUCUAUUAACAAUAAAUAUUUUCCACAGGUGUAUAUAUUCAGACUGUACUCAACCGAGGAUGAGUGGAAAACAAGAGAUGAGACGCAGAUAAUUCUCAUAACUACAGCUCUGAUAGAACAUUCAGUUAUACUCACUCCUGCGAGAGAUUUCUGGAUGUUUUCCCUGGCCCUUGCAAUGUCCUGCAGAAUCGUGUUAGCUCCAACAUCCUUGAAGAAAAUGAACAAAAGUCAAUGUCGAUCCAUGCUUUACUUUAUGAAGUUUAGGUAUUUAUCUACUAAUUCAAUGCAUCUUUGUAGCUACACUACCAGCCAAAAGCUUUAGAACACCUCCAUUUGACCAGUUUUUAAUGGAAAUUUACAGUUUAAUGUCCCAGUUUACAGCCCAAUGCACUACCAUUAAAGGUUAUUCACUGGACUUGAACUGCUGAUAACUUAAAAGAUAAACUCAAGCUCUAAGCUAAUGUGCAUACCUGUUUUGGUUGUGAUGAGCCGUUCAUGCGCUCAUAGAAGCGUCUCUCUGCCUCAUCGUAGCGAGGUUUGUCAAACCAGAUCUUCUCCUGGGCCAAAAAGUCGACUGCGCUCAUGGUGCUGUGGAGGAGAGAGUGAGGAAGGACAGGGAUGUAUGAACAGGACACGGGAAGUCAGGGAAAAAGAAAAGGAAAAUCUAUAUAUUAUAAUUACAAAAAUAAUACUUAAAAUCACCUGGCGUGUAUUUAUAAUCACAAUGUUAACUGUUAAAUGUUAAAAUGCUUAUUGUAUGUAUUAUUUCACCUACACUCCUCAUGAACAGACCAACCCAACCCAGCCCAACUGUACAACAGAAAUCUUAAAGUAUGCAAAAGGCAACGGUUCACACAGACACUCACUCAGGAAAAUUAUAAACAUACCACAAGUAAUAAGGAAUGAGUGAACCAAGAGAAAUGGAAAAAGAAAAAAAACAAGAUGAACAAGGAGGGCAAAAAAAAAAAAACAUUCAAAAAAAGGGAAAAAGAGGAAAACAAUGAAAGAUGAACUGAAACAUCUGGAGCGGCUCCAUUCUCCCAGUUUGCUCAUACUUGUCCCUCAGUGUGGCAGUGGAGGCAACUGAUGAGGCAUCUGCUUCUGGCCUCCGACCCUUCUUCACCACGGCAGCUUUUUCGUGACUGUAACCAUGGAAACGGCUCUCCGCUGCAUCAUACCGCCACUUGUCCAGCCACACCCGCUCGCUGUCUGGGUGGAGGAAGUAGCAGACUCCUGCUGCCGAUUCUUCCCUCUCCGGGACCUCAGCUGGCUCCUCUUCUUCUUGGAUUGGGUGCAGAGCGUGAAAGACAUCUGCUUUACCCUGCUGGACCGCCCGUUUUUCCUCUACCAACACAUCCUCAUCCUCUUCUUCUUCCUCUUCUUCUACAAGGCUCUGAGGGUGGUCGCUACUUCUGGAUGUGGAGGUGCAGCUGGACCGCUUGGAGGAAUUGUUGCCGUAUAGAUUCUGAUAAAAGGCUGCUUCAGCACGGUCAUACAGCGGUUUCUCCAGCCACACGUCUCUGAGCAGCUCCAGUGGGAUGCGAGGCAGUCCAUUAACUGACUGACGAUUAGUAGGUGUGACGGCUGCCUGCUGGAUGACAGGGGUUGCAGGUGUCGGAGCUAGAGACUGAUAUCCUUCAUCAGGUGUUCUGGAUGCGAUGGAGCGGUUAGGUGGCGAUGGGAGGUCCAGAGAGUUCGGAAUGGAUGGCUGCAUGGAUUCUUCAACAAAGCGCCGUUCUGCUUGGUCAAAGGUUGUCUUGUUCACCCACACUGCCUGGACAACAUGGUGACAGGCCACCUGAUCGCCAUGGUGGCAAGCCAGUCCUGAGAAAGAUGGAGCCACAGCAGAUGAAGAGUUUGAGUGUUUUCCUGGGGCUGGAGGUGACCGGUUUGACUGGGUGGUACCGUUGGAAGAACUCGCCAACCAGCACUGGUAGCGGCUCUCGGCUCGCUCGUAGAUGUUGCGUUCAAACCACACGUAAGCACACUCGGACUGCAGGCCAAUCAGACCAGCACGGGGAUCAGACUGGCUGGUCUUCUUGUCUGGCUUCUCCUCGGUUUUGGUCUUCCUGUCGACAUUCUCUUCAGGGCGGCUCUCGGGAUUCGAUGAACGUUUCCUGCGGCGGCGGCUUUUCCCACUGCGCUUUCCAUCUCCAUUCAAGCUGCCGCUCUCCGGAGAGGAUGAUGUCGUCUCUCCAUUUCUCUGACCUGAUUCAGUCUUGUUCCUGCACCCCAGUGCUGCGUUUGUGGACCGGUCCACCUGACAGUGGUUGGGAGGCUGAUCGUGCUCCGACUGAUCCACUGCAGAGCACUGGGGGAUCUUCCUGGACAUCAUCUUUGAUCCGUUGCAGGGAAAAAAAAAAAAAAAGAACAGGUACAGGCUUUGGGAUUAUUUAGAGAGACGCAAGAG